AUGGGGAGUUUUUGGCACCGGGUCGCUCAUGAGGGUAACCUCAGUCUGGCUAUGCUUCUGCUCGAAGAUCAUCAGACGCGAGACGAUCUUACUCAUCCCGAUGUGGAUGUCAAUCAGAAAGACAGCUCCGGUCAAACCCCGCUGCACGUGGCCGUCAAACGCGCGAACAUCGGUAUCGUUGAUCUCCUCCUACACCAUAACGAUAUCGACAUCCAUUCCCGUUUACAGAGAGGAAACGGUGAAAUCGGUCAGUCUGCUAUAGAGAUGGCCGUACGCAAUAUGGAGAGAUGGAGCAACCGGCAAAAUCAAGAGCACUCUUAUAUCGUCGACCUGUUACAAGCUCACGGUGCUCGGGUCGUAGCGGGCGAUCGAAAAGAUGACGCGAAUAAUACGAGUCUUCCGCCUUUGCUUAGGAGUGUGGAGAGCGAAAAUCACCACUCGGCUGAACACAGCGAGGACUUGAGAAGAAGAAGCCAUCCGUCAUGGGCUUCAGUCGUUGGCAUUAUGAGUGGUGGCGAUGCUCCUAGAGAGACGAGGAGGGGAGUCGAUGAUACUAUGGGCGACACCAUUCCGAUGGAUGUGGACCAUGGGAUAGCAGAAGAUCCGGACGCGAUGUUCGAGGAACUGAUGUGCUUUGACGAUGAAGAUAUUUCCGAUAACAACAGCAUCGAGAUGCUGGAGCGGGAGAUGUUCGGCGAGUCGCCAGACAGGUUCACUGCCUUCUGGGAACAACAGGACACCUAG